AUGGACGUGGACUUGGACGUGGACGUGGACGUGGACAUGGACGUGGACGUGGACGUGGACGUGGACGUGGACGUGGACAUGGUCGUGGACGUGGACAUGGACGUGGACGUGGACAUGGUCGUGGAUGUGGACGUGGACGUGGACGUGGACGUGGACGUGGACGUAGACAUGGACGUGGACGUGGUCGUGGACGUGGACGUGGACGUGGGCCUCGACGUGGACGUGGACGUGGACGUGGACGUGGACGUGGACGUGGACGUGGACGAGGACAUGGACGUGGACGUAGACGAGGACAUGGACGUGGACGUGGACGUGGACGUGGACGUGGACGUGGAGGUGGAGGUGGACGUGGACGUGGACGUGACGUGGACGUCGACGUGGACACGUGGACGUGGACGUGGACGUGGACGUGGACGUAGACGUGGACGUGGACGUUGA